AUGGCUGCCCGGUGCCGGCUUGCUGCACGCUUCCACCACAUCCACGGCGCCAACAUCCGCCUGGAUGCCUCACACACACAAGCCACAAGGGUGGAGAGCUUCGCCAACGGGCUCUGCUUCAGCCAGGAGCCUCUGGCACCCGGGCAGAUCUUCCUGGUGGAGAUUGAGGAGAAGGAGCUGGGCUGGUGCGGGCACCUGCGCGUGGGACUGACAGCCCACGAUCCCCAGAGCCUGGAGGUAGUGCCUGAGUACUCGCUGCCGGACCUGGUCAACAUGGGGGACACUUGGGUGUUUGCCAUCACCCGGAACCACAACCGUGUGGUGGUGGAGGGGGAGGAGGUGCAGGUGCGGCCCUGGGAGCCCUUCCUGCUGAUCGAGCAGGUGCGGAUCCCCCGUGACACGCUGGUGGGGCGCAGCCGGCCCGGUCGCUACAGCCACAUCCUGGAUGACCUGUACAAGAUGAAUGUGCUGCCUGCGACCGCCCGGCGCAGCCGCAUUGGGGUGCUGUACGCCCUGCAGCCCGACGGCACCGCUGACAUGCACAUCGUUAUCAACGGUGAGGACAUGGGGCCCAGCGCCAGGGGCCUGCCCACCACCCGCCCGCUCUACGCCGUCAUUGACGUCUUUGCCUCCACCAAGAGUGUCCGGGUCAUCCCCGUGGAUUAUGGCUUUCCUUCCCUGCAGACGCUGUGCCGGCUGGUUAUCCAGAAACACAUAGUGCACCGCCUGGCCAUCGAUGGCCUAGACUUGCCCCCGCUACUCAAGAGCUUCUGCCAACAUGAGUGAGGUAUCAAGGGUGAUGCUGGACUGCCCCCCACAUCAACAGCCCCCCCCCGUGAUGGCUUCCUGGCAGGCUCUGUGCUC